ACGGGCGUCGCCUGCGGAGUCAGCGCAGACAGAUUCGGGCGACAUCGCCGGUUUUCGUUUCCAAGACACCGCAGUGUAUGCUGCCCUAUACAGCCAGCACGUCAGCUAGUCGGAUGUGUCGCCAUGGGUCCAAAGUCGCUCCUGUUUGUACUUCUGGCCGCAGCGUCCAUGGAGGUUGCGCACUCCGCGACCACGCCCUUGGCAGCGGUGUUCAAUUCGGCCGGCGUUCGCGGCAGCGUUGACGUGGAGCCUUUGGCGGCUGCGGCACACGGCGUCUCGGUGCGCGUCUCGCUGGUGGGCGGCCAGCCGCGCGAGACCUUCCGCUGGGCGGUGCACCGGCUGCCUCCGAGGCACGACUCCUCUGCACCGUGCACCUACGACUGGAUCGGCGAGCCGAUCCAGGAUCUGACCGGCGAGUUCGGCCAGCUAACCUCAGAGCAGGAGACGCGUCUCGCGACCAAGGCCCCGCUGCCCGUGGAGCCCCGGCGGUGGGCAGGCCGCGCCCUGGUACUGCACAGCGUCCAGACGGGCCGCACGGCGUGCGCCGCAUUGCAACCGCCGGGCGCUCCGGUCACUACGUACGCCGCUAGGUUCACGGGUCCUCCCGUGGCCGGCACGCUCUUCGUGCGACGAUGGCCCAGCUUCGGCACCGUCUACGCCGAGCUGCACUGGACCAAUGGGACGCGCCGCGACGCUCAGGUGCGAUGGUCCAUUCACAGAAGGCGACAGAAUCAGCCUGCACUUCUUCAGCAGCCGCCUCCCGGAGCUCCGGCCGGAAACCUCACCCACGUGACGCCCCCGAACGUCCCUAAGCCACCUACGGUCGUGCCCUGUUACACUCCGCCAGACUCCUGCUCCCAGCUCAUCGUGGGCAAGCGGCCUGGAAAUGUGGGGACCCGUACUUACCAUGUGAUCGAGGGCGUUCCGCCUGCUCUGGAUACGUGCGCCGGAGGAGAGAGCACGCCCGGGAGUCAGCUGGUGGCUACCCUGACGGACGUGGCAACGGGUCAGCCGAUGGGGGCGGCAGUGCUGCAUGAGUGGAGGUCCCGGCACGCGGUGGCCGACUUGGGACUGCGCCACGGAAAGGCGAUCUUCCACCAGCCAUCGCCGUUCGAGCCAACGCUGUCCAUCGUGCAGCUGGAGAACCUCGACUACGUCGCUUCCGCGCUUAUCAUUGGGCCGAUUUCCAUUGGUACCGCGGACAAACAGUGCCCGGGACCGGCCGCGCCCUACAACCCGGCCAAGGUCGAGCGCGCGGCAAGUCCACCAGAAGGCCAUGGCACAACCGACCAAUUCGCCGUUGGUGACCUGAGCGGCAAGUACGGCCCGGUGGCCGGACAUCGCGCCGUCUACUGGCAUCUGCUCGACCCGACGCUGCCUCUGUCGGGGCCCGAGAGCGUCGUUGGACGCAUGCUGCUCGUGCGCGGCUCCGACGGCCGGCCCCUAGUAUGCGCCAAUCUGCUGCCAGUAUCUUCCAGGCCUCUGACGCGAGCACGGGCCACGCUCGAAGGGCCGCUCAAGGGAUCCCUCACCAUCACGCGCACCGACCAUGCCGAGGACCCAUUGGGCGAUGCGUACGUCGACCUGGGACUGUGCUGGCAAGAUGGCCGCAACGCCACAGUGGACCACAACUGGCACCUGCACUCCGUUCCUCUGGCACCUGGGUCGUUCGAUUGCGCAGCCACCAAAGGCCACUACAAUCCGCACCACGUGGACACAGGACCAGCGUACGGCUGCCAGUGUUCAUCCCACGCACCGCUGCGGUGCGAGGCGGGUGACCUGGCUGGCCGCCAGGGCACCGUCUCCAUACCGAACUGUCGAACAGGACUGGCCAGGUACCACUUUGCAGACUCGCACGUGGCGCUGUCUGGCCCAACCAGCGUCAUUGGGCUUCCAGUUGUGUUCCACCAGUCACACUUUGGGAUGCCUCGCGUUGCUUGUGCAAAUCUUAAGCCUUUAUAACGACCUUUUUCGAUAAAGCCUGCGAGACAAAAUAAGGGUCGCAUUAAAUAUAUCCAAA